UCCCAACCUCGUCAGCGGGAGCAGGCGCCGUUCGCCUUUUCCUCUUUCUUCUCUCCUCUCGCCUUUCCUCUUUUGCCUCCUCUCUUCUCUUCUUCCUCGUCUGUCGCCUGGAGUAGGUGAUGGGGAGAGUUGGUGCUGCUUAAAACUGGGAGCUUCGCUAUUUCUUGGCUCUCCUCCAUCUAAUCUUCUCAUCUAUUUCUCCCCCUAGUUUUACCUAGCCAAGAGAAGGAAGCGAACAUGGUGGGUUUCACGAACAGGAUGCCGCACUGGUUGGAAGCCUUGCUGGGCGAGAGAUUCUUCAAUCCAUGCACGAUCCACGAGACGGCCAAGAAGAACGAGAAGAACAUCUUCUGCCUCGACUGCUGCUCUAGCUUCUGCCCCCAGUGCCUCCCGCUUCACCGCACUCACCGCCUCCUCCAGAUUCGGAGAUAUGUGUACCACGAUGUUGUUCGAGUCGACGAUCUGGAGAAGUUGAUCGACUGUUCUUCCGUUCAAUCCUACACGACGAACAGCGCAAAGGUGGUAUUCCUGAACGAGCGAACGCAGAGCCGGCCUUUCCGCGGAUCAUGCAACGCCUGCCGCUCCUGCGACCGCCCCCUCCAAGACCCUUAUCUCUUCUGCUCCCUUUCUUGCAAGGUGAAGCUGUUGUUGAGGAGCGAGGGAGGGCUGGCGAGGGAGCUCCGGGAGUGCGAAUUCCUGCCGCUGCCGAGCUCGUGCGAGCUGGACGAUGGCCAGCUCACGCCCGACUCCAUCCUGGAGUCCGCCUCCGCCACCUCCUCCGGCUCCUCCGCCGGUGGCGGCGGUGGAGCUGGGGCCCGCGCUAUCCGGAGCACUGCCGGGACGGAGUCCCUUGCUCAGCGGCGGCGGAGCGCCGCGGGCCGCCCGUCCGGUCCGGAGGUGGUGAACCGGAGGAAGAAAGGUGUCCCCACCCGGUCGCCGCUGUACUGAACCGGAGAUGGGCCCGGUACGGUGAGGUUUGCUUCAGCUGGAAAAAUCUGGGGACUAAAUUUUGGGAUAUAUUGAGGAUUAAAAAAGAAAAAGAAUAUCGUUCCAAUUUUGUAAAGGAGCCUACUCUCCAUCAUCUGCUGAUCUUUAAUUUAAAAGAAAAAACUUAU